AUAUUAUUGUGGUGAAAGUCAGCUGCUUUGUACUUUUUAUAAUGUGCCAGUGAAGACUUAGUCAUGAUCACUCUAUCCAAAAGUAUUUCAGAUGUUCUGACUACAGUACAGUUUCUCUGAUGAUAUGACAAGCUCUUUUGGAAAAAAUAUACCAUGGGCAAAUAUACCUUGCAAAACAUUAUUUUCUUUAAAUGAAUUUUUAGUACCAUCUAUGUACAUGUACAUAAGGUGUUGAUGAAUACAGACAGAAAAACAGAAUACAGACAGAAAAAAAUCUUAAAAUCUGACACAAUAUUAUGCAUUCUGGGUUCAUUAUAUUAGAUUUGUAUGCAUUACAAAUAAUUUUACAAUUUACAAUACAAUUUUGUAAAAAGUUCCAUUUUGAGCAUAUAUACAGCUUCAGUAUUUACCAGCAACUGUAGUUUGUAUAAAAGAGGAUUGUUCUAAGCUGCAGGCUGACUUAGUGGUUGAUGCAGCUAAGUGUUUCUAGUUUAAUAGCUUCAAAGAGUGAGUGAACAGAGCAGUCAGACAUUCAGGCUUCAAUGUCCCGCCACCCCACCCCCGUGGUAACAUGCCGAGUACAGGGUCCACUGAGCAUAUGCUUGACUGUAUUGUAUCUUUCUAGAACACCCUGCUCCACCCCGUUUUCAAAUCACAAUUUUCCUGGCUCCAUUGGAAACUUCAACCACUUGCUGUCAGCAGCCUUCCUGAAGGAGGCGGAACCACCAGUCAGCCAGCCAAUCGCAGCUGCACAGUAUAACACAGUGACCCACUGAAGGGACUGGGUUUCUGGCAUUGCAGCAGAAAAACACCAGCAGAAGCAAAGGAGCUGAAGGACGAGAGCUGUAGAGGGAGAACGAGAGAGGGGGGACUAGAGCUCGCGGAGGCCGUUAAUCUCGCGCAGUGAUCAUGUGUCAGCAGAGCCUGAAGCAGCAGCAGCAGCAGCAGUCGCAGCGGAGCAGGGUUGGGAAAUGGUGAGAUGUUGCAGGGCUUUGCCCAGGCCGUCCUCUUGCUACAAUCUCCACAGAGUUAGGGUUGAUGUGCGGCGCCUCCGGACGCUUGCCUCCUCCUCCUCCUUCUCCUCCUCCUCCUCUUCCUACUCCUCCUCCUCCUCCUCCUCCUCCUCCUCCUCCUCCUUCUUCUCUGUGGCAGCGACAGGGGGGCCAGCGGGCGGCGUCAACAACGCCAGUGCUGGGGGCUCCAGAGCCCAAGGGGGCGCCAUUCAGCUCAGCCACCAAAGCCGAUUCAGGUUACAGUUCCCCCAGUUGGCCUUGCGGCGGCGCCUUGGCCAGCUGAGCUGCAUGUCCCGGCCCACCGCCCGCCUGCGCUCAUGGCCACUCUCCUUCCUCUACUACAUCUUGCCAUUUGGAGCGCUUAAGCCCCUUGCCAAGGUGGGAUGGCGCCCCACCAGCAGAGUUACCAUAUAUAAAUCCAUACCUACAAGGCUACUCUCCAGAGCUUGGGGCCGGUUAAACCAGGUCGACCUUCCCACCUGGUUAAGAAAGCCCAUCUAUAGCCUGUACAUAUGGACGUUUGGCGUGAACAUGAAGGAGGCUGCUGUGGAGGACCUGCAGCACUACAGGAACCUGGGAGAGUUCUUCAGACGCAAGCUCAAACCACAUGCCCGACCCGUUUGUGACUCCCACUGUGUGAUAAGCCCGGCUGAUGGCAAGAUCCUGCACUUUGGCAGAGUAAAGAACUGUGAGGUGGAGCAGGUGAAGGGGGUCACCUACUCUCUUGAGACGUUUCUUGGCCCUUGCACAUGGGCAGAGAGCAUAGCCAUUAACAGAAAUGAGGACCACAGCUCCUUCCAGGACCUUCUGGUGACAAAGGAAGGGAAUGAACUGUUCCACUGUGUGGUGUAUCUAGCCCCCGGAGACUACCACUGCUUCCACUCCCCCACUGAUUGGAGAGUUGCACACAGGCGCCACUUCCCUGGCUCUCUGAUGUCAGUGAACCCGGGUGUAGCACGGUGGAUUAAAGAGCUCUUCUGUCAUAAUGAGCGAGUGGUGCUGAGUGGGGAAUGGACACACGGCUUCUUUUCACUAACUGCCGUCGGGGCCACUAAUGUUGGAUCCAUCCGGAUCUACUUUGACAAGGAGCUGCACACAAACAAUCCUCGCUACAAUAAAGGUUCAUACAAUGACUUGAGCUAUGUGUCUAACAACAACCAGGAGGGCAUGUGCAUGCGUAAGGGUGAGCACCUGGGUGAGUUCAACCUGGGCUCCACCAUCGUACUGCUGUUUGAAGCUCCGCAGGACUUCACUUUCAGCCUCACACCAGGCCAGAAGAUCCACUUUGGUGAACCUCUCGGCAGUAUAUGAUGGCAGGACACAGUGUAGCAGAUCUUGUCCAUGGACACACUAUUGUGUGUGCAAACCUGGGCAGAGACUCACAGACUAAGCUGCAUUGCACACCAAGGAGAGUGGUUUCAUUUUUACUUACACGCACAUCACCACUAUUGCAUUAUUGUGAUUUAUAGUUCUCCUAUUUACUUAGGAGGGAGGGGUUUUUAACAAGUUUACUUUUAAUGUAAAGUACUCUGUUAAAAUAGUAAAUUUAUACCAUUAACACACUUUUGUGACAGAAUUUAGUUUACCACAAAUUUGCUCUAGAUGUUUUUCUGUUACGUUCUUUGAUGUAAGAUUUGACAUUUUUUGUUUCACUCAUAUUGCCUUUAGUCAAGUCAUCUUUUUUAUUGGGAAAGGAUUUUCAUAUGUUAAUCUAGCAAGCAUUGACACACAUUUCUACACAGCUAAAAUCAUUUUGCAUGCAGUCUAGAAUGCCAGAUGAAUUAAAACAUGCAUAAAGAAGGAGGAACAUAGAAGAUGCUAAACCUGUUUUCUCUUUCUCUUUCAUAUCUCUUUAAUACAUGUCUAGCUUUUAAUAUAUUUCUCUGUGAAGAUGCCAAUCAGGACAUUUAUUUUACAAAUUGAUGAAUUACUGCUCAAGAAAUAUCUGCAAAGAUAAUUUAAACCCCUUUACUUUAUAUAGGCUAUGCCUUCAAGUUCUGAUCAUAGAUCUGUCUACUUUAGUCUUCUGCUACACUGAUGAAAAGUACAGUGCAAUACAAUACACUAAAUUUCCACUGUAAUACAUUUCUGUACAUUUGAUAAAUGCUUUGCUAAAACCAAAGUUAAAAUUUCAGUAGUUUAAAUUAUUAAAUUAACAAUAUUAAGUUAUUAUUGGCUGAAUUGAUUAAAUUCACAAAGAAAGCUGAGAAAAGCUACUUUGGGAAGAAAUAACCCAUGUAUGUAAUGUUCUGCUAACUGCUGAAGACUAGAGGACUACAAUAUCAGUGGCAGGUAUGCACAGUAAAACAUUAUUGCAUUAUACACAAACUAGGAAAAUUA